UCCCCCAAACUCUUCAUUCAUUCUCAAGUAAUAAUCAUGGCAACAACUUCUUCAGCUCUCAGAGUCUCCUCUUCUCUCUCCUCCAAGCUCCCAAACUCAGAGAAAAACCUCUCAAAGUUCUCGCAAAAUCUAAGUCUGAGAUCACUCAACUCCAUCUGUUCAAAAAAAUCCAGAUUGGAAACUAAUUCUCAAAAGAACCCUGUUACUGCUUCUCUGUUUUCCACUAAAGCUUCGAAGGAUUCUGAAAGGCCGAGCAAAGUCCAGAAAUUGCAUGUUUAUGAGAUUAAUGAGGGAGAUAGAGGGAGCCCUGCUUAUUUGAGAUUGAGCCAGCAGCCUACGAACACUCUUGGAGAUUUAGUUCCCUUCAGCAACAAGCUCUACCACGGUAACUUAGAGAAACGCCUUGGAAUCACAGCAGGCCUGUGUGUGUUAAUCCAGCACGUGCCUGAACGAAACGGAGACCGAUACGAAGCAAUCUACAGCUUCUAUUUCGGAGACUAUGGUCACAUAUCGGUUCAAGGACCGUACCUGACGUACGAGGAAACGUACCUUGCUGUCACCGGUGGAUCAGGCAUUUUUGAGGGCGUCUAUGGUCAGGUGAAGUUGCAGCAGAUCGUAUUCCCAUUUAAGCUCUUCUAUACUUUUGAGCUCAAGGGGAUCCCUGAUCUCCCUAAGGAGCUUCUUGGUACUCCGAUUCCUCCGUCGCCAACAGCAGAGCCCACGCCAGCUGCAAAGGCCGCGGAGCCCCACGCGGCGCUUAAGAACUUCACCAAGUGAUGUUAGCCCUGUUGAUUGUGGAACUAUCUAGAUGUUAGCAUGUUGAUUGUGAUAGCGCCUAGUGGUUCAAAAAGUAUCUAGUGAUUCUGUUCUAUUGUAUUAAUGAUGCAACAAAAGAAUGUCUACUUGUUGACAGUGGAUUGGAGCAGUGAAUAUUUUCUCUUGUUGAUCAUUUUUAGUAGUAAUGUUAAUUGUAAGACGAGAGUAGUAAUUGGCGAGGAUUUGGCUGUGUGUUAGUCAAUUUGUAGGAGGAUCAUAGUUUAAAUUUUGCGUGUGUUUGUGGACUUGAGUUGUUGGAUGUAAUGAAAGAUUGGAAUAAGUUGGUGAUGAGCAAGGUACACUUGUAAUAAGAUUGAUCUCUUAAUGAA